AUGGCACUCCUACAAGUCCAAAAAAAGCUGUUCGGUCUCGACCUCAGCAAUCUCGUUCCUAGCAUGCGUGCAUCGUACGAUAAGGAAGACAACGAUAAGUUCCGCGCUUUCUGCAGCACCAACAAGAAGUUCUUGCAGUUCCUCGAAGCCAAGAGACCUACCGUCACCAACCUCGCCCGCUUCGAUUUCGGCGACCACGAGCUGUACGCCACAUUCGGCUUCGACCGCGACGAGCUGAGUGAGAUGACCAACUAUCUGCAGGAGCCUAUCCUCCCUAUGCUCGACGACAAGGUGCAUGGGAAGAUUGCGCGAACCUGUGCUGCCCUCGGAUCAUCGAUCAAGACGACCAAGAAGGGUAUCGACACUAGUCUCAAGCCAGCGGCUGCUGCUGUUAUCAAUGAGCCCCCUCCCGCCUUGCUCGAGAGCAUCGAAAACCCUUUUCCCAGCCAGAGCCCAUCGGGCGAGGCGACCGGUACCGGAGACACUUCUUUUCUCGAGAUGGUCAACAUCGCUCUCCCAGCCAAGAACGACGCAGACAUGACCUCCUUUAUCCAGAAGAAGAAGAGCCCCUCUCUUCGCGUCGGCAUUGAUCAGACCCGUGUCCGAUGUGCAGCUGAUACGCCGCCGCUAUCGCCAGUUGAAGUCAUCGAAACUUCGGCCGGGAAUAUGAGCAAGCAGGACAUGCUCGGAGUGAUUAAUGCCUUGCUGGUGCGCAAGAAAGAGCUCGCGGCUUGGAGAGCCGAGUCGGAGGAGCGUCGUACUCUUCGUGCACUUGGCUUGUGA